UCUAAACCAAGCUUUACAGAUUUCCCUUCACAUUACAAUCAUGGCGUCAUUGUAAGAAAUCCAGAUUCGGUUCGCAAACGGGACAGAAUUUUUAUAUCUGGGUAAUAGAUCAAGCAAACAUGCAGUGUCCUCCGAUUCGCGGCUACGGAUACAAUGGCCGACAUGGAUUCCAAUCCCGGAGGAGGCAUUGUUUCAGGCAUCGAAACAUGGACGCUUUCUUUGCUUCAAUCCCUCCGAGAACCCCGAGCAAGAGGAGCCCCCUGCCGAGACCUUCCCUCGUAAACAGCAUUCCUAAUGGAGCAAGUCUGAGAAGCGUGGAUCAUAGAAACGGAUUCCGCGAGAAUCUGUCGAGAAACUCAUCGAGCAAGUGGAAGAGUGACCCGAUCAGGUAUUCUAAGUUAAGCGGGACGGUGAAACCUCCAACGAUCGAGAGAAAUCUGGAGUGCACGCUUGAAGAGUUGUGCUAUGGAUGUAUGAAGAAGGUGAUGAUCACGAGAGACGUUCUUACGCUAUCCGGGCAAAUAAUACAAGAAGACGAGAUAUUAUCAGUAAAAGUGAAUCCAGGAUGGAAGAAAGGGACAAAGGUAACAUUCGAAGGAAUGGGAAACGAAAGCCCAGGAGCCUACGCUGCCGACGUCACUUUCGUGAUUGCCGAGAAACGCCAUAGCUUGUUCCGACGAGUCUGCGAUGAUCUGGAGCUCACUGUUGAAAUUCCGUUGGUGAAGGCUCUCACAGGUUGCUCCUUUCCGAUACCUUUACUGGGCGGAGGGACGAUGAAUCUGGAAAUUGAUGAAAUCAUUGGGCCUGGCUAUCAAAGGGUCAUCAAAGGCCAGGGUAUGGCCAACAAGAAAGAACCGGGAAGCCGAGGCAACUUGAAUGUUUCCUUCCUCGUUAACUUUCCCAAAGACCUUACAAAUGAACAACGGACCGCUGCGGUUAGUGUUUUAGGGGAUUCUGGUUAAUCAUCGAUCAAUGUGUGCUUGUAUUUAGAAAUCCACAAUUUUAUUUUCUUGUGAGGUUCUUUUUGUGUUGUCUGCGACAGGAAUUUUAUCAUUUCAUUGAUAUCUGAUCCUGUGUUAUUCGAUACCUACCGCGCACGACGUGUAGGUGCCUGAGUUUAUGAUUGUUAAGAGUGAGUUUUAAUCUAAUUAGUUCAGUAACUUGUUUACUUUAAAAUUGUAUUGUAUUAAUUUUUGAUCUGUUUAUAAUAUAAUAAUUUGA